CAAAGCUUGUAAGCCGAUUUGAAGCCGUUGUUCGAGAUCAGGCGUAUCUGAUACUUGGGAGACGGGCCUUUGCACUCGGAAACUCCCUCUUUCUCUAUCCCGCUUUUUGUGGCCUGGUUUGGAUCACCCUACCGUGAUGACCGCCCCGGGGACUCGGUGACGAGCGAUGACGCCGACGUAUCCGACGGAGCUAGGCCGUCAAGACCUACAACCUGUCAGCAUGGACGGAGCGGCCGGACCUCCGUCCAACGGCGGUCAGCCGCCGUCGAGACUGAAAAUCAACACGGGCACUGGUGCUCUGGCCAGUAUCGCGUACAAUUCUACUGCAGACCAUGCGCCGUCGUCCGAUGAUGAACCCAAUACCCCGAUGGCAGUCUACACCGACAAUUGCCAAACAGCCAUGUGUGUUAGCAUUAGCCGGGAGCAGACGAGACUGAUGUCCCCGGCGACACCUGCUCUCGAGAAGGCAGCGGCGCUCGAGAAGGCUGGCGGCUUUUCCUUUGAUGGUUUCGGUGGGAGCGACGAUGCUCUGGUGCAGGAAAUGGAGGAGGAUGAUGGUGGAGAGGAGGAGGCUCAGGCGCCAGAGGCGAACGGCCAGGCCGUUCCCUUGCAGCCGGAACCGACUGCUUCAUCGUCAGAGCAAGUGUCUGCGUCCUCUACUCUGGACCGCCCGACCUCAACCUCGCAAUCUGAGCUUUCCACAGGCCGUUCCAAAGAGCAACUGCACGCCAGACAGAAGCCAAAGUCGGGCAUCUUCGAAGGCAUAUUCACCAACAGGCAGGCCGAAAGUGGAGAUACUACUUCGGAGGCCACCUCCUCACAUAGAUCCAUCCUCUCGAACCUAACACACCUCCCCAAACACUUUUCUUUCUCCUCGAGACACGGUUUCGAGACCGACUCGAAUUACCAGACCUCGAAUUCGAGCUUGCAGCUCGCGUCAAGCAAAUCUUCUUCCCAGGACACCCACGUGGAUACUUCGAUUCCACCAGAUGUUGCCAACAAUACCUCGAAAAGUCCCGUCGCCUCUGCCCUGUCACCAACAUCUCCUCUGCGACGCUCUACUUCAGACUCCAGCCUUGCUGUUCAUCGCGCGCUUACCCGUGUUGAGUCCCUUGGAGAUGACAGUCGCUUUGAAGAUGUCCACGACCAGGUCAACAGCAGGUUCAAGGCCAUCAAGGAUAGCUGGCAGGACGCCAACUUCAAGCUUCCCGGCGUGCCGGCUGUGAAAGUGUCGAGUCUCACCGCGGAUUCCAUUCGAGCGCGCGUGGGCUCUCUCACUCCCAAGCAGAAUACAAGAUCCUUGUCUCACACACCCAGCGAGACGACAUCUUCGAGCCACUCGAAGCCCACAGAUCCCAUGACACGCCAUCCAUAUGCCGACGUUAAAGCCGCCAUGACAGAUGCGGCCUCGGACAGCAUGCAUCCUCAUCCACAUUUCCAUCGAGCUUUAGAACAGUUGGAAGGUGACGUUGUGAUCCUGGGAGGAUACCGAGGAUCGAUUCUCCGCUCUGCGAAACCACCUCAUCGUCAAGUCUGGGUGCCAAUCAAGGUCGGCUUGAAUCUACGAAGGGUCAACUUGGAAGUGGGUUUCAACGAGGAUGACGAUGAAAGGGCAACAGAGCGGAUCAUACCUGAUGGCAUGCUGACUCACAUCGGGCCAGUGGAUAUCUCGAGACGACUGCUUAAGCGCCUGCGUCUAUGCGAUAAUGCUCAGGCAGGAAAGCUUCGAGUGCACGAAUACGGCUACGAUUGGCGCCUUACACCCACUCAUCUCAGUCAGCAACUCGUGAAAUACCUUGAAGGCUUACCGUGUAAUCGAAAAGGCACCACGCAAGGGAAGCGAGGUGCAACAGUCAUCGCUCACUCGCUAGGUGGCUUGAUCACGAGACACGCAGUCAAUCAGCGACCCGAUUUGUUCGCCGGAGUGCUGUACGCCGGAGUACCGCAGACGUGCGUCAACAUUCUCGGUCCACUACGAAAUGGCGACGAAGUACUCAUCAGCAACCGAGUACUCACCGCACAAGUCAAUUUUAGCAUCCGGACCAGCUUUGCUCUGCUCCCAUUGGACGGGCGAUGCUUUUUCGACAAAGACACCAAAGAGCAAUAUCCGGUCGACUUCUUCGAUGUCAACACCUGGGACGAGCUCAGGCUAUCUCCCUGCAUCAACCGGCCUUUACCGCCACUGCAGCCGCCUCCGAAACCCACCGGUCUCCAGGGCUACGUGAACACCGUGGCGAACAUGCUACCAAGCCUACCUCAUCAUGGCCGGAAAGAGAGCUCGGAAAAUGCAAAAGUGACGACAGCAGGCGGGGCAGCGGCUGCCAAUCCCGCCUCCUCGCACGCCGUAUCAUCAAAGGACCAAGACAAGGACUUGAGCGUUCGCACAGCCGUCACCGUCCCGCGAGACGAAGCAAUAGCAUACCUACGCCGUACGCUCGCGAGCGUCAAAAAGUUCAAAGAAGAACUGGCCUUCCGAAACGACCACGCGACAGCGAACGUCUACCCGCCCGUCGCCGUCAUCUACGGCAAAUCGACGCCUACCGUCUACGGAGCGCGAGUGGAUGGCCGAGAGGGCAUCAAGCAUGCUGAUGCCUACGACGACCUCGCAUUCGCCAGCGGGGAUGGAGUGGUUCUUGCGCGGGCUGCUAUGGUACCUGAGGGGUAUAAGGCUUGCGGGAUUGUGGCGAGCGAUCGGGGGCAUGUUACGUUGCUGGGGGAUUUGGAUGCUGUGGGGAAGUGUUUGAAUGCUGUUAUUCGGGCGCGGCGGAAGGGAUUUGGGACUGGGAAGAGUUGAUACAUGUCAAUAUGUCACAGUAAACGUAUAGAUUAUGUGUAUAAGGUAUGAAGCAUUGCUUGAGAUCUG